GGAGAACACAAUCAUUCUAGAGUGUUCUUUCCUUCCUCACAGCUCCAGACCUCUCUUCACCUUAACACCUAGACAGACUUACACCUGUUGCUGUUCUGUUCUUAUCUUCCUCUGUGACUGAGAUCCGUCUGUCACCACUCUGUUGGUUUUUAAUCCUCCUUCAUCCAUCCAUCCGUCUAUCCAUUCAUCCAUCCAUCUAUCCGGGCUGUUUAGCCCACAACAAGGACUCUGAACCAGUGACAGAAAGAGAGAUAGAGAGAAAGAAAGAGAGAUAGAGAGAAAGAAAGAAAGAAAGAAAGAAAGAAAGAAAGAAAGAAAGAAAGAAAGAAAGAAAGAAAGAAAGAAAGAAAGAAAGAAAGAAAGAAAGAAAGAAAGAAAGAAAGAAAGAGUGACUGUGAGAGACUCCCCAGGUUUAUGUGAAUACCCUGAACAGACUGAACUGACAAACAGACUGACAGACCUGCAACACUAUUUGGGACAACACGUUAUCUGUUAUUCAUUUAGUUGAACAGUCAUUUUCUUCGGGGAGAAGAGGAAGGAGAACAAGGUUAAGAUGUCUCUGAACGUUCCGGGCCUGAUCGUCAUGGCGAUCUUCUACUUGCUGAUCCUAGGCACGGGGAUCUGGGCCUCGAUGCGCUCCAAGAAGGUGGAGAGGAAGUGUACCGGGUCGGACGGGAUGGAGAUCACGCUGCUUGCCGGACGCAACAUCAACCUGUUGGUGGGGAUCUUCACUCUGACUGCUACGUGGGUUGGAGGAGGGUUUAUCCUGGGUAUAGCAGAGGCUGUCUACAACCCCACCCUGGGUCUGGUCUGGGCUCUGAUGCCAGUUCCCUACGUACUCACCUUCUUCCUGGGUGGUUUUUUCUUCGCCAAACCAAUGAGGGAAAACAAGUACGUGACAAUGAUGGAUCCGUUCCAGAUAAAGUAUGGCAACGUCCUGAGCAGCCUGCUCAUCUUCCCAGCGCUCAUUGCAGACGUCCUGUGGGUCGCUAGGACGCUGGUCAGCCUAGGUGGCACUAUGAGUGUGAUUCUGGACCUGCCCUAUGUCUACUCCAUCUGUAUCAGCUCUGUGGUGGCCAUCAUCUACACUCUACUGGGAGGACUCUACUCUGUCGCCUACACCGACGUAAUCCAGCUCAUCCUCAUCUUCCUCAGUCUGUGGAUCUGUGUACCAUUUAUGAUGACAAACCCUAACUCCAUGGACAUCACUCUGACCGCAUUCAAUGAGACGUUCCAGGCCCCCUGGGUCGGCAAGCUGGAGCUUAGAGACGCGGGGAAGUGGAUUGACGACUUCAUGGUUCUGGCUCUGGGAGGCCUGGCCUAUCAGGCCUUCUACCAGAGGAUCCUGUCAGCGUCGUCCUACACCCAGGCUCAGGUCACCUGCUUCGCCUCCUCAGCUUUCUGCCUGGUGCUGGGCAUCCCGUCUGUCUUGGUGGGGGCUGUCGCUGCAUCCACAGACUGGAACCUGACAGGCUAUGGUUCUCCGACCCCAUACGAGCGUGGCCAGGCCGGAUCCAUCCUCCCCAUCGCCCUGCAGUACCUCACCCCCUCCUACGUCUCCAUCAUCGGCAUCGGGGCCGUCGCUGCCGCCGUGAUGUCAUCCAUGGACUCCGCCCUCCUCAGCUCCGCCUCCAUGUUCUCCUCCAACAUCUACAAGAACAUCAUCAGGAAGCAGGCCUCAGACAGGGAGAUGCAGUGUGUGAUCCGUACCUCAGUGGUGGUGUGUGGCCUGGCGGGGACGGCCCUGACCUUCCUGGAUAACAGUGUUCUGGUUUUCUGGCUGGUGGGCGUUGACAUGUCAUACACCAUCAUGUUCCCACAGCUUGUCUGUGUCCUCUUCUUCAAGGUGUCCAACGGCUACGGUGCCAGUGUGGGGUAUCUCCUAGCGUUGGUCCUCCGUAUCCUGAGUGGGGAACCCCUCAUCAACCUUCCCCCUGUCAUCCACUUCCCUGGGUUCAGGAAGGACGCGGAGGGCGUGAUGACCCAGUUCUUCCCGUUCCGUACCACCAUCAUGCUGACAUCUCUCUGCUCCAUUCUCAUCACCUCCUGCGUCACCUCCGUCAUCUUUAACAAGGGGCUGCUGUCGGAGAGGUGGGACGUGUUUCAGAUCAAGAGGUCGCAGGCCAAAGUGACGGCGCUGACCAAGCUUAAGAAAGAGGAGAGUAAAAAGGACUACGUGGAGGCCAAGGAGGCGGUGGUGAACAAACAGCUUCUGGACACCAGCUGCUGAACAGGGGAGGACGAUGGAAACUGGGGACGGCCAUAUUGAGGCAAAGGGUUUUGUUGGUCGGGCGGUCAUUUUAUGUUUCCGCUGAGGACUCGGAAGGAUUUGGAGACGGGAGGAUGGUCGAAAACACGCAACAACAACAAAAAAAGAACACC